CUGAGAAGAAAGGGUGCGCCUUUCUGAGAAGCUGGACUUGGGUAGGCCCUCUCAGGAUGGGGAAGCCCAGCUGAGCGAGUGGUCAGCCUCUGGCUAGCCUUGCCUUCUGUUGCCACCCCCUUCCCUUUCCUGUUCCCUUCAUUGUGUCUGGUUGGUGGGGGACCUCAGGUGACAGGGUCUCUGAUGUCACCGGGGUUCACACCCUAGGGUGCUUCAGCUAAUCAGAUGGAUUUGCACUUCAGUCUUCUCCCCUUCACUUUGCCCCUCACAGCCACCUCUCCUCCCUGAUAUGCCCCAUUCUCCUGGCUAUUCUGUGGUUUUGAUUCCCAUGCCUCUGAUUCCCAUGGUGGGUCUGCUUAUCUGCUUUUCAGGCCUGGUCUGGUUGGAUUUCUUGUCCUUGCAAGGAAGUGUGUGUAUAUGUGUUUGUGUGUGUACGUGUGUGUGUGUGCUUGGAGGUGCCUGGCAAUGUUUUCCUCCAGCUGCAGUUACCUUCCAACCUCUUGCUGUGAUGGUGUCAAUAAUCUCAUCCAUUUGUCAAACGAUCUGUCUUUUACAAAGUGCUUUGACAGCCAUUCUCUCAUGUGACAUCCCCGCAUUCACCCUGUGGGGGCCUCUUUUAUUGUCAUCUUCCCAUUUUACAGUUGAGAACAUUGAGGCCCAGAGAGGUUGCCCAAGGUCACACAGUGGCAGAACCAGAAUUUGAACUCAAGUCCUCAAUCACAUCUUUCCCUGAUGCAUGCCUGGUUCUUGCCAUCUCUUUUCCUCUGAGUUUGGGCUCGGCCAGGGGUCCCUAGGAGUCCAGGCUGGAGUGAGGUUUAAGAAUGGGGAUGAGAUGAGCUUCCUUUCCAGGAGGGCUCUACUCAGAAGCUUUUCCUGAUGGGAGCCUCUGGCUUUUGCCUCUGCCUCAUGGAGUUUUCUAUCCACUGUGACCUUCAUCUUUACCCCGAUCCCAGGGUUUGGCCUAGAUUCCUGAGAGGGCUCUCUCCUGACAAAUGGUAGCACUAGUGGCAUCUUUUAACUGUUCAAGCCAAGCUGUUGGGGUAGAAUGAUCCCCCAAAGGAUUAAAGCUUUGUGGGGACCUUGGAGGCAGGGAAGGAAAAAUCCACAUGCUGAGUGUCUGCAUGGUGUUCCUAAGUAUGAGAUCUCAUUAAAAUCUUAACAACAGCUCCAUGCUGUAAUCCAUUUCACUGAAGAGAAGACCAAGAACUAGAAGGAACUUAUUCAAAGCCCUGUUGCUGUACAUUGCAGACGGGAUGUACUGGUAGCAUAGCUUAGGAACAGAUAGAUACGGGUUUCCUCAUCUGUAGAAUGGAGAUAACAUUGUUCGUUUUGGAAGGUGGUUAUGAUUUAGCACAGACCUUGGUUAUUGUUCAAGUGUUUGUUGUUAUUAUGGGGAAGGGGACCUGCAUGAUGUUUUGCCAGUGGGUGGCACCCCUCCAUGUGGCCUAGGUUAGCAUUCUGGGGCCUUGUGUUGGUAAAGAGGUCAGGAAGAUUCCUUUGGCAAGUUGAGAGCACCUGCCUUUGUGUGUGGGUGUGUGGUGCUGGUGAGGGGUGCUUGGCACUGUUGCUGGCAGAAGGGAGAAAAGGGCCGGCUUUGAGCAACCUGGGAGCUGCUGAGGGCUGAGCAGAGAGCAAUCAAUCAGUCUCCCAGGCUAUUCUGAGCCCUCUGCACCCUGGGGGCCCACUGGAGAGUCAGGCUCCCUCCUUGCCCUCCAGCUUCCAGUUGGGCUGAGACAAAAUUAACAACACAACAGGAAACAAUGCAUGACAGAAUAAAUUACAUGCUAAAAUUGUUGGGUGCUUUUGAGUAGCUAGAACUCUGCCCCAGGAGUCCAGCUCUGCUGAAGGCUCCUUUGUGCCUAAAUUCUGACAAGUGCUUAGGCUGGAGCCUGUCUUGGAAUCUCCUUGAGGGUUUUGGUUCUGGUAUCCUGCAGGAACUUUCUCCGGGUGUUUGGCUGGGUGCCCUAGGUGCUCUUCCCAAUGGCUGGAGUGGUCAGGACAGGCUUCCUGCAAGAGGGGAGCUGAGCUUGGGGUGACAGCUGAGAAAGUAAUGGAUACUGGCCUAGCCAGGGAGCAGAAGGUCCUGUUCUCUGACCUUGGAGAAGUCCUUUUUCUUCUCUGUGCCUCAGUGACCUCACCUAGGAAAUGGUGAUCAUGAUUCUGCCCUGCCUGUUUCGAAGGGCUGCUCUGAAAUCAUAGUGAUGGAGGACCAGCUUUGGACAAGACACUUAACCUUGCUGAGCCUGUUUCUUUAUCUGCCAGGCCCCACUCUCAGGGCCCCCAGGGGCCACCAUGCCAGCUGGGGGCCGGGCCGGGAGCCUGAAGGACCCAGAUGUGGCUGAGCUCUUCUUCAAGGAUGACCCAGAAAAGCUCUUCUCUGACCUCCGGGAAAUUGGCCAUGGCAGCUUUGGAGCCGUAUACUUUGCCCGGGAUGUCCGGAAUAGUGAGGUGGUGGCCAUCAAGAAGAUGUCCUACAGUGGGAAGCAGUCCAAUGAGAAAUGGCAAGACAUCAUCAAGGAGGUGCGGUUCUUACAGAAGCUCCGGCAUCCCAACACCAUUCAGUACCGGGGCUGUUACCUGAGGGAGCACACGGCUUGGCUGGUAAUGGAGUAUUGCCUGGGCUCAGCUUCUGACCUUCUAGAAGUGCACAAGAAACCCCUUCAGGAGGUAGAGAUCGCAGCUGUGACCCACGGGGCGCUUCAGGGCCUGGCAUAUCUGCACUCCCACAACAUGAUCCAUAGGGAUGUGAAGGCUGGAAACAUCCUGCUGUCAGAGCCAGGGUUAGUGAAGCUAGGGGACUUUGGUUCUGCGUCCAUCAUGGCACCCGCCAACUCCUUCGUGGGCACCCCAUACUGGAUGGCACCUGAGGUGAUCCUGGCCAUGGAUGAGGGGCAGUACGAUGGCAAAGUGGACGUCUGGUCCUUGGGGAUAACCUGCAUCGAGCUGGCUGAACGGAAACCACCGCUCUUUAACAUGAAUGCGAUGAGUGCCUUAUACCACAUUGCACAGAACGAAUCCCCCGUGCUCCAGUCAGGACACUGGUCUGAGUACUUCCGGAAUUUUGUCGACUCCUGUCUUCAGAAAAUCCCUCAAGACAGACCAACCUCAGAGGUUCUCCUGAAGCACCGCUUUGUGCUCCGGGAGCGGCCACCCACAGUCAUCAUGGACCUGAUCCAGAGGACCAAGGAUGCCGUGCGGGAGCUGGACAACCUGCAGUACCGCAAGAUGAAGAAGAUCCUGUUCCAAGAGGCACCCAACGGCCCUGGUGCCGAGGCCCCAGAGGAGGAAGAGGAGGCCGAGCCCUACAUGCACCGGGCCGGGACUCUGACCAGCCUCGAGAGUAGCCACUCAGUGCCCAGCAUGUCCAUCAGCGCCUCCAGCCAGAGCAGCUCCGUCAACAGCCUAGCAGAUGCCUCAGACAACGAGGAAGAGGAAGAGGAGGAGGAGGAAGAGGAGGAGGAGGAAGAAGGCCCCGAAGCCCGGGAGAUGGCCAUGAUGCAGGAGGGGGAGCACACAGUCACCUCUCACAGCUCCAUUAUCCACCGGCUGCCGGGCUCUGACAACCUAUAUGAUGACCCCUACCAGCCAGAGAUAACCCCCAGCCCUCUCCAGCCGCCUGCAGCCCCAGCUCCCACUUCCACCACCUCUUCCGCCCGCCGCCGGGCCUACUGCCGUAACCGGGACCACUUUGCCACCAUCCGAACCGCCUCCCUGGUCAGCCGUCAGAUCCAGGAGCAUGAGCAGGACUCUGCGCUGCGGGAGCAGCUGAGCGGCUAUAAGCGGAUGCGACGACAGCACCAGAAGCAGCUGCUGGCCCUGGAGUCACGGCUGAGGGGUGAACGGGAGGAGCACAGUGCACGGCUGCAGCGGGAGCUUGAGGCGCAGCGGGCUGGCUUUGGGGCAGAGGCGGAAAAGCUGGCCCGGCGGCACCAGGCCAUAGGUGAGAAGGAGGCACGAGCUGCCCAGGCCGAGGAGCGGAAGUUCCAGCAGCACAUCCUUGGGCAGCAGAAGAAGGAGCUGGCCGCCCUGCUGGAGGCACAGAAGCGGACCUACAAACUUCGCAAGGAACAGCUGAAGGAGGAGCUCCAGGAGAACCCCAGCACUCCCAAGCGGGAGAAGGCCGAGUGGCUGCUGCGGCAGAAGGAGCAGCUCCAGCAGUGCCAGGCGGAGGAGGAAGCAGGGCUGCUGCGGCGGCAGCGCCAGUACUUUGAGCUGCAGUGUCGCCAGUACAAGCGCAAGAUGUUGCUGGCUCGGCACAGCCUGGACCAGGACCUGCUGCGGGAGGACCUGAACAAGAAGCAGACCCAGAAGGACUUGGAGUGUGCACUGCUGCUUCGGCAGCACGAGGCCACGCGGGAGCUGGAGCUGCGGCAGCUCCAGGCCGUGCAGCGCACGCGGGCUGAGCUCACCCGCCUGCAGCACCAGACGGAGCUGGGCAACCAGCUGGAGUACAACAAGCGGCGUGAGCAAGAGUUGCGGCAGAAGCAUGCGGCCCAGGUUCGCCAGCAGCCCAAGAGCCUCAAAGUACGUGCAGGCCAGCGCCCCCCGGGCCUUCCACUCCCCAUUCCUGGGGCUCUGGGCCCACCCAACACAGGCACCCCUAUAGAAGAGCAGCCCUGCUCACCUGGCCAGGAGGCAGUCCUGGACCAAAGAAUGCUUGGCGAGGAGGAGGAAGCAGUUGGAGAGAGAAGGAUUCUGGGAAAGGAAGGGGCCACUUUGGAGCCCAAGCAGCAGAGGAUUCUGGGGGAAGAAUCAGGAGCCCCUAGUCCCAGUCCACAAAAACAUGGGAGCCUGGUUGAUGAGGAAGUUUGGGGUCUGCCUGAGGAGAUAGAGAAGCUUAGGGUGCCCUCCCUUGUACCCCAGGAGAGGAGCAUUGUUGGCCAGGAGGAGGCUGGGACGUGGAGCUUGUUGGGGAAGGAGGAUGGGAGUCUUCUGGGUGAGGAGUUUGAGCUUGGCUGGGUCCAGGGCCCAGCACUGACUCCCGUCCCCGAGGAGGAGGAAGAAGAGGAAGAGGGGGCUCCGAUUGGGACCCCUAGGGAUCCUGGAGAUGGUUGUCCUUCCCCCGACAUCCCUCCUGAACCCCCUCCAACACACCUGAGGCCCUGCCCUGCCAGCCAGCUCCCUGGACUCCUGUCCCAUGGCCUCCUGGCCGGCCUCUCCUUUGCAGUGGGGUCCUCCUCUGGCCUCCUGCCCCUUCUGCUGCUGCUGCUGCUUCCAUUGCUGGCAGCCCAGGGUGGGGGUGGCCUGCAGGCAGCGCUGCUGGCCCUUGAGGUGGGGCUGGUGGGUCUGGGGGCCUCCUACCUGCUCCUUUGUACAGCCCUGUACCUGCCCUCCAGUCUUUUCCUACUCCUGGCCCAGGGUACCGCACUGGGGGCCGUCCUGGGCCUGAGCUGGCGCCGAGGCCUCAUGGGUGUUCCCCUGGGCCUUGGAGCUGCCUGGCUCUUAGCUUGGCCAGGCCUAGCUCUACCUCUGGUGGCUAUGGCAGCGGGGGGCAGAUGGGUGCGGCAGCAGGGCCCCCGGGUGCGCCGGGGCAUAUCUCGACUCUGGUUGCGGGUUCUGCUGCGCCUGUCACCCAUGGCCUUCCGGGCCCUGCAGGGCUGUGGGGCUGUGGGGGACCGGGGUCUGUUUGCACUGUACCCCAAAACCAACAAGGAUGGCUUCCGCAGCCGCCUGCCUGUCCCUGGGCCCCGGCGGCGUAAUCCCCGCACCACCCAACACCCAUUAGCCCUGUUGGCAAGGGUCUGGGUCCUGUGCAAGGGCUGGAACUGGCGUCUGGCACGGGCCAGCCAGAGUUUAGCAUCCCACUUGCCCCCGUGGGCCAUCCACACACUGGCCAGCUGGGGCCUGCUUCGGGGUGAACGGCCCACCCGAAUCCCCCGGCUACUACCACGCAGCCAGCGCCAGCUAGGGCCCCCUGCCUCCCGCCAGCCACUGCCAGGGACUCUAGCCGGGCGGAGGUCACGCACCCGCCAGUCCCGGGCCCUGCCCCCCUGGAGGUAGCUGACUCCAGCCCUUCCAGCCCAAAUCUAGAGCAUUGAGCACUUUAUCUCCCACGACUCAGUGAAGUUUCUCCAGUCCCUAGUCCUCUCUUUUCACCCACCUUCCUCAGUUUGCUCACUUACCCCAGGCCCAGCCCUUCGGACCUCUAGACAGGCAGCCUCCUCAGCCGUGGAGUCCAGCAGUCACUCUGUGUUCUCCUGGCGCUCCUCCCCUAAGUUAUUGCUGUUCGCCCGCUGUGUGUGCUCAUCCUCACCCUCAUUGACUCAGGCCUGGGGCCAGGGGUGGUGGAGGGUGGGAAGAGUCAUGUUUUUUUUCUCCUCUUUGAUUUUGUUUUUCUGUCUCCCUUCCAACCUGUCCCCUUCCCCCCACCAAAAAAAGAAAAAGACAAACACAAAUAAAAUAUCUGAGCGGAACUGUG